UCUUGUGUUAGACACAAAUCCACGGUUUCUGAGUACCCUGACGUUUCUUUCUAACACACCGCUUUGUUACCUUGAAUCUCACGAACACAUUGUGUUCCUUCCCACCCCAACUACCCACGCAAAAACCUUAAAUUGCACGCUGGAACUGAAACCCCUUUUAGCUUUUUCGCCUUAGAUUAAACCACAAAAGGGUCGCAUUCAAUUUUAUUUUUCAUGUGAAUCAUCAAAACAAUGUCUGGGUUGGAGGAAUUGAGGAAAAAGCUUGCACCUUUAUUCGACGCCGAGAAGGGUUUCUCUUCAAGUUCAACCUUGGAUCCCUGUGAUUCUUACACAUUUUCGGAUGGUGGAACUGUGAACUUGUUGAGUAGAUCAUAUGGGGUUUACAAUAUCAACGAACUUGGGUUGCAGAAGUGCACAUCAUCAAGGUCUUUGGAUGAAACCGAUCACAGUGAGAAAACGUAUAAGUGUGCUUCCCAAGAAAUGAGGAUAUUUGGAGCAAUUGGUAGUGGUGCCAGUAGUGUUGUGCAGAGAGCCAUGCAUAUACCGACUCAUAGGAUUCUGGCAUUGAAGAAGAUCAAUAUCUUUGAGAAGGAGAAAAGGCAGCAGCUCCUUACUGAGAUAAGGACAUUGUGUGAAGCACCUUGUUAUGAGGGUCUUGUGGAAUUUCACGGAGCAUUUUACACCCCAGAUUCCGGACAGAUAAGCAUAGCUUUGGAGUAUAUGGAUGGAGGAUCACUUGCAGAUAUCUUGAGAAUGCAUAGAAGGAUACCAGAACCUAUUCUAUCCUUCAUGUUUCAGAAGCUACUACAUGGUCUAAGCUAUCUGCAUGGAGUAAGACAUCUUGUUCACAGAGACAUAAAGCCUGCCAAUCUAUUAGUAAAUUUGAAGGGAGAGCCAAAAAUUACUGACUUUGGUAUUAGUGCUGGCUUAGAGAAUUCAGUGGCAAUGUGUGCUACUUUUGUUGGAACUGUUACAUACAUGUCACCUGAGAGGAUUCGAAACGAAAGCUAUUCUUACCCGGCUGAUAUUUGGAGCCUUGGGCUUGCUCUUUUAGAGUGUGGGACUGGAGAAUUUCCAUAUACAGCUAAUGAAGGCCCUGUCAAUCUUAUGUUGCAGAUUCUGGAUGAUCCAUCACCAUCACCAUCAAAAAACAAGUUUUCACCAGAAUUCUGCUCCUUUGUUGAUGCUUGCCUGCAAAAGGAUCCAGACACUAGGCCAACAGCAGAGCAGCUGCUUUUGCACCCUUUUAUCAAAAAGUAUGAGAAUGACAAUGUAGAUUUAGCUGGAUUUGUUCGAAGCGUUUUCGAUCCUACACAAAGAAUGAAGGACUUGGCAGACAUGUUGACAAUACAUUAUUACUUGCUAUUUGAUGGACCUGAUGAUCUGUGGCAACAUACAAGGAACUUAUAUAGUGAAAGCUCGAUUUUCAGUUUCUCUGGAAAACAACAUUGUGGUCCAAGUAACAUCUUUACAUCUCUAUCAAAUAUUAGAGCAACACUGGUUGGUGAGUGGCCUCCGGAAAAGUUGGUGCAUGUUGUUGAGAAGCUUCAAUGCCGUGCUCAUGGUGAAGAUGGAGUAGCAAUCAGAGUUUCAGGAUCCUUUAUAAUUGGAAACCAGUUCCUCAUAUGUGGAGAUGGCAUUCAAGUAGAGGGGUUGCCAAACUUCAAGGAUCUUGGAAUUGAUAUUGCUACCAAAAGAAUGGGCACAUUUCAUGAACAAUUCUUAGUGGAACCAACAGGUCUUAUAGGAUGCUAUUCCAUUGUAAAACAAGACCUAUACAUUAAUCAGUAAUGUUAUAUUAAGUUGUGCUGUGUCACUCAGAAUUUAACACUCUUCACACGAAGUGUCUUUGUUUUCAGAGAAUCGUGUUCUCUCACGUGUAAAGUAUACAAAUUUUCUUGUAUCUAUGUUCUGAAAAAUUGUUGAUAGUGAUAUGAAUUCUUUUAAA